AUGCAUUUCACAACUCUGCUCACCGGCCUUACGGCCUUCCUUUCUGUCACUACUGCUAUCCCUAUGGCAAGCGAAAGGCCAACCCCUACACCCUCGGUGUCCACCCCCCUCAUCUCGCCAACCCCCUCGGGCUCUGCCUCCGCCUCUGCUUCGCCUUCUUCCACGCCCAACCCCUAUGAGGCUUACACAUGUCCCAAGGAUAAGUUCAAGUCGUGCUGCAUGUCUGUGCAGCAGACUGGUAAGGAUGUUGCCAAGUCUCUUGGCGAGCUGGUCCCCAUCCUCGGUGGACUGCAAGUGAGCUCGUCUCUGUCUUUCCAAUGCAAGAAAAUGCCUGAGAGAGAAGCUCCUGGUACCUGCCACGGACAUGGAUAUUCUCCAAUGUGCUGUGAUAACAAGGGUGAUGGAACGCUCAAUGCUUGCAAGCCUUUCGGGCAGGUCAAGAAGAACUACUAUUCUCACCAAGGGCAGAGCUCUGAGACUCAGGCUGAUAUGAUCAUGGACACUCUCACCUAA